GUCAUUUUGAGUGUCUUAAAGCCAUUGAAUUUAGAAUCAUUUCGAUGAAUAAGCGUAAACAUCGGGAUAAACCUAUUGGGCUACGAUACGAUACCCUGAUGACUUACAAAUCGAUUAACUUCCGUGAUAGCUUAGGAUUUAAUCAACCGCAUACCUCCUCUCAAGAUGAGUUUCCUCAGGAACUUACAAAGGAGCGUAACAUCUCAAUCGCGACUUGCUGUGAGGUCGAACUUCCAAAGAACAAAUCUUCCACUCAUAAUGACGCGGUUAGCUUCCAGUAGAGCACCAAAGCUCAACGAUCCCUCCCUCUUCAAGACUGAUGUCUGUUAUGUAAACGGAGAAUGGAUCAAGGCAGCGUCGGGUAAAACCUUUGAGGUAUACGACCCGGCCACGGGAGACCUCAUUGGUACCUCUCCUGAGUUUACUGGCAAGGAUACCGAGAACGCUAUCGCUGCAGCAGCAGCGGCGUUCCCUAGUUUUCGGACGAAGACUGGUCGGGAGAAGGCUAGAUUACUACGCAAGUGGUAUGACCUGGUAAUCGAGAACUCUGACGACCUUGCAAAGCUUAUCACGUGGGAGAACGGCAAGCCGUUCGCGGAUGCGAAGGGCGAGGUGACAUACGCUGCUAGUUUUUUCGAAUGGUUCAGCGAGGAAGCGCCCAGAAUAUACGGCGAUUCGAUACCAGCUACCGUACCAGGGAAUAGAGUUGUGACCAUCAAGCAGCCCGUCGGCGUCUGCGGUUUAAUUACGCCAUGGAACUUCCCCGCUGCUAUGGUCACUCGCAAACUCGGCCCUGCUCUAGCGGCUGGCUGUACAGUCGUUGUUAAGGCGCCUGGAGAGACCCCAUUCACCGCCCUCGCCUUGGCCGAGUUAGCACACAGAGCUGGAAUCCCGAAAGGCGUCGUUAACUUCGUGACAACCUUGAAGAACACACCUGAGGUGGGAGAGAUGCUGGCGACCCAUCCUACCGUACGGAAGAUAUCUUUUACAGGAUCGACGGCCGUAGGAAGGCUCCUCAUGAAGCAGGGUUCUCCAACCUUGAAGAUCCUGUCUAUGGAACUGGGAGGUAACGCACCAUUCAUCGUGUUUGACGAUGCCGACGUCGACGCGGCCGUCACAGGUGCUAUAGCCUCCAAAUUCCGCUCGUCCGGCCAAACUUGCGUGUGCGCCAAUAGGAUAUACGUCCAAAAGGGCAUUUACGACGAGUUUGCAAAGAAGUUUGCGGAGAAGGUUAAGGGGUUCAAGGUUGGCAAUGGGUUUGAUGAAGGCAUCACCCACGGACCUCUGAUCCACGACCGCGCUAUCUCGAAAGUAGAGGCUCACAUUAAAGAUGCCGAAGAAAAGGGAGCUAAAGUGGUUGUUGGCGGGCAGAAACUGCCGGACCUGGGAGCUAAUUUCUACCAACCUACCGUCAUCACGGGAAUGACCAAGGACAUGGCUAUCGCGGGCGAGGAGACCUUUGGACCUGUGGCCGGAUUAUUCCCAUUCGCUACGGAGCAAGAAGUAGUAGAUCUAGCAAACUCUGCUGAUGUCGGUCUGGCAGGUUAUUUCUUCUCGCGGGACCUGGAGCGCAUCACAAGGGUGGCCGAAGCGCUAGAAGUAGGAAUGGUGGGCGUCAACACAGGUCUAAUCUCAGACACUGUCACGCCAUUUGGCGGCGUGAAACAAUCUGGAUUCGGUAGGGAAGGAUCUAAGUAUGGUAUCGACGAGUACUUGAACAUCAAGUCGAUAACGUGGGGAGGCAUCAAUAAGCCGCUGCAAAGUUGAAUGUCUAUUACGAUGUAGUUAAUCUAUAAUACUAGCGUUGACGGUUAGAAAAGGGGAAUUGAAGGUCUUUGACAGAUGAAGUCGAAUAAAAUUUAAAUUUAAAUUAGAUCGAGUCAUAUGUAUAAUUAAUUAAAGACAGUUUCUGUCGAUAGUGUCGAUAGUGUCGAUGAUAUGAAGCUAAUAAGAGGCUGCUCUAGCUAUCUGCACUAAAAAAGGAGAAGUUGAAAGUGGGUAUCGCAUACAGUCAUAUCCAUCCCACCUU